UGGUUUCAGGCAAUCUCAUAAAAUACUGCAAAGACAAUUUCAAUCAUUCAAUCGGUAGCCAUGCGAACCCGUUCCCAUGAAACUGCACAAAAUCAAGGUCUUUUUGGCCGUCAAAGAUCACUGCAUGCAGUCCUUGGCGGAGGAAAGCUUGCUGAUAUAUUGCUUUGGAAAGACAAGAUAUCAUCGGGAGCAAUUGUAGCUGGGUUCUCCAUCAUCUGGUUUCUCUUUGAAGUGGUCGAUUUCAAUUUUGUUACUCUACUUUGUUACACCCUCAUUGCCCUUAUGCUCAUCCUAUUCGUAUGGUAUAAUGCAGCUGGACUUAUCACUUGGAGCCUUCCUAAUAUCUAUGAAUAUGAAAUCCCAAAGCACACCCUCACAUACAUACAUAACAAGCUCAACUUUUCCUUGAGGACAUUUUAUGACAUUUCAACUGGAAAAGACCUCACACUCUUCUUUGUGACAAUCGCCGGUCUCUGGAUCAUGUCAGCUAUUGGGAAUUAUUUCACCACUUUGAAUCUUCUAUAUAUAGUGUUCCUCUGCCUUGUGACCCUUCCUGUUAUGUAUGAGCGGUAUGAAUAUGAGGUGGAUUAUCUAGCAAGCAAAGGAAACCAAGACGUGAAGAGAUUGUUCAAGACAUUGGAUUCGAAAGUUCUCAACAAGAUUCCAAGGGGGCCUGUGAAAGAAAAGAAGUACAAAUGAAGUUGAAAUAUGAA